AUGGCCGUCCUCGACACAUUCGGACAGCCUCUUGAACGCGGUGUGGAAUACUACAUCAAUCCUGCCAUUUCCGAUAACGGCCGUCAUUUCUCCUUGGUCAACCGGAACAAUUCGUAGCCGUUUUACGCCGGUUAGGAUAAUGUUUCGGGGCCAAAAGGAUACCUUGUAACAUUGGCUCCUUUCGAGGAAGGAGAAAAUGUGGUUAGGGAGACCAAGAACUUCAACAUCACGUUCUCUGCAUUCACAAUCUGUGCUCAAUCGACCGCUUGGAAGGUUGGGGAGCAGGAUCCGGAGACGAAAAGGAGAUUAAUCAUCACUGGAGAUGUCAGAAGCUAUUCAAACUGCUUCUUCAUCAGCAAAGAGCAGGUGGGAGGCAAUGUCUACAGAAUAGUAUGGUGUCCUGCUGAACUUUGUCCUACUUGCAUGUUUGCUUGUGGAAAUGUGGGUGCUCUGGUUGAGAAUGGGAAGAAACUAUUGGCAUUGGAUGGUUCUGUGCUUUCUAUUGUUUUUGAAAAGGCUUAA